AUGAACAAUGGACUUUUUUAUUAUGAUCUUGGUAUGAGAGGUGGUAUUUGGAAUGGACGAGUAUCGAAAAAAAUGGCCAAUGCAAAUUCAAUGUGCCACACAUAUGGUCAAUCAAAAAUGUUAAUCCAACAACGUCAACAGAAAUAUAAACAACAAUUUGAACAAAUCCAAAAUGAUAUUAAUGAACAUAAGAAACAACCACCUGCUCUUAUUGAUAUGACUAAAAUAAUGAAUAUCAUAAAUAAUCUCAUUCAUAAAGAUCAAUAUCAAUUACAUAUUGAACUUCAAAGAUGA